GCUCCAACCAUCAUCAUCUCUGCCAAAACCUAAAAGCUUGAGACGAACCUCUCAACCCUGAGCUUUGAGACAUCAGUCUUUCUGCCAGACCCGACAUUAGACCUCUCCACUCAUUUCUUUCUUCCUUAUUAUUCAAUUCAUCGACCAACCAACCUUUGACCGACAUGCUUACUCCUACGACAUCCACGAUGCUCCGUUCUGGAGUGGCCCGCUCGUGCGGCCUCCAACCCAUCCUUCUCCGCAGUGCGGCCAGCUCAUACUCGACGAUGAUUGUAUCUCCCUUGUCGAUCACACCCAAGCUUUCUCCUCAAUGCCAGCCCGCUCGAGCUUCCCAACCCUGUCGAGGAAUCUCCUCCUCGACCAAACCCUCCCUGUCCAACCUCCGCCUCCACACCAAGACAACCAGCGCCCCGUGCCGUCACGCCUCGACCACCCGCCCAUCCGACGCCCAGAUCGACGCAAGGGCCGCAUCCGCAGCCGCCUCCGCAGCCACGGCCGCGCAGGCGGCCGCACACCCGGGGGAGCUGCCUCUGGACUGGGACACGUUCUUCCAGCUGCGCAAGUCUCGGCGGCGGUGGCAGGUGGCGUUCAGCGUGGCGACGCUGCUCGGGGCCGGGACGGCCGGUGCGCUGUUUGUCAGCUCCGGGGCCGCGGAGCCGCUGGCCAACCAGGUGCCGCUGGAUCCGCUCGUCACGCUGGGGCUCAUCACCUUCUCGUUCGCGGCCAUGGGCUGGCUGGCCGGGCCGAGCAUCGGGAACGCCGUCUUCUACGCCCUCAACCGCACCCGGAAGGCUCAGAUGACGCUCAAGGAGGGCCAGUUCUUUGCUAGGAUCAAGAAGAAUCGCGUUGAUCCGAGUGCCAGCUCGGCGGGGAAUCCAGUUCCCGACUUCUAUGGCGAGAAGAUCUCUAGUGUAGCUGGCUACCGUCGAUGGCUGAAGGAUCAGAGGGCCUUCAACAAGAAGCGGACGACGUUUGUGUGAAGGAUGCUCAGAACCGCUCCCGUUGACAACUGACGGGAAGCGGAUGUCCGAGUAGGGGAGGAAAAAAAAAAAAAAAGACAAAACAAAUAAAAAGAACACUCGCCCUUAGGCAUGCUCGACGCAAUUUUCUUUGGGAGUUGGGAUGGUUAAUGUCUU